AUGGAGUUCACCAAUGGGACAGUUCAGGAAUUCAUUUUGCUGGGCUUUGAGGUUGGGCAGCUGCAACGACUCCUGCUCCUCGUCUUUUUCACUCUUCUUUACAUGCUCACCAUGGCUGAGAACAUCACCAUCAUCACACUGGUGGUUCUAGACACCCACUUGUUCCAGCUUCCUAUGUACAUCCUGCUGAGCAACUUCUCCUGGCUGGAGAUCUGUUAUGUGAACACCACUGUGCCCCGGAUGCUCUUAGACCUGGCAUUAUCCAACAAGAGCAUCUCCUUCAGCUCCUGCUUCCUCCAGUUUUACAUCUUCUGCUCUCUUGGCAGUACGGAAUGCUUCUUCCUCUCUUCUAUGGCCUUGGAUCGCUACUUGGCCAUCUGCCACCCACUGCGAUAUCCACAGAUUAUGUCCCCAAACUUUUGCUAUAUCCUAGUCACUGUUUGUUGGGCUCUUGGCUUCCUGGCAUACAUUGUCCCAGUGACACUGAUCUCCAAGAUGUCUUACUGUGGCCCCAACGUCAUUGACCAUUUUUUGUGUGAUGCUGGGCCAAUUCUGGCUUUGGCGUGCCCUCCACUACUAAAAGCACCCACCAGUAGUCUGAUUUUCAUGGAUAUUGUGGUGAUCCUAGGCAACAUCGUGUUUGCUGUGCUGUCCUACGGCUCUGUGAUUGUCACCUUGAUGAAAAACUCUAGCAAAGGCAAUCGGGCCAAGUCCUUCUCCACCAUAUCAUUCCACUUGUUGGUGGUCACACUUUACUAUGGCCCUGCAGCAGGGAUUUAUAUAAAGCCAAGAGAAGCUGACUCCAGUGUCACUAAGAUAGUAACACUCUGCUAUACUGCCAUAACACCCUUUCUCAACCCCCUGAUUUACUGUCUGAGGAAUGAUCAGGUGAAGGAGGCACUGUUCAGGCUAUGGAGAAGAAAGGCAGUGUUUUUGAAAAGUAAAACUGACAGUGUGAAAAAGAGGAAAAGAACAGGAAAUAUAUCACAAAACCUGCAACAUUAG